AUUGUGGAAGAAAGUGAGUGACUGCAGUAGUUAUUGCGUGUCAGUCGACUGAGCCAGAUAACGAUUCAACAGCUGCGAAUUUGCCACUCGGGAUUAGGUUUUAUUCGGCAUGGCGGCGUUCACCGAGGAUCAAAUUCAAGAAUUCCAGGAGACCUUCAGCAUUUUUGACCAGAAGGGUGAUCAUAAAAUUCAAGUCACUCAGAUUGGAGAGGCUUUGAGGGCUCUUGGCCAAAACCCAACUGAGGCUGAUGUGAAAAGACUCAGCCAGCAGCACCGGCCUGAGGAGCGCAUCAGUUUUGAAGUGUUUCUGCCGAUCCUGCAGACGAUUUCUCGCCAGAGCUCAGGAGACACGGCUGAUGACUUCAUUGAGGGACUGCGACACUUUGACAAGGAUGGCAAUGGCUACAUCUCAUCUGCUGAGCUGCGUCAUCUCCUGACCCAUCUUGGUGAGAAGCUGAAUGAUGAAGAAGUUGAGCAGCUGCUGGUUGGCCAAGAGGACAGCCAAGGCAACGUCAACUACGAGGAAUUUGUCCGCAACGUCUUGAGUGGAUGAAAGCUUACUCAUGAUUGUCAAAAUACGUCAUUCAUCUUCCAUUGUGCCGAAUUACAAAUAUCAAAAUGGAAAUUUCUACUUCUUAAGGUUCUUGCUGCUCUAUAAUUUUUAAAUGAGAAUUUUAUUAUCAAACAUGAGAGCUAUCCGUUUUGGGAGUUGUAAGAAAAUAUUUGUUGUUUAGAUUCGAGAAUGUAGACCAUUAUAGUUUAUCAGAUUUAUAAGAACGCGACAGAUUAUUAUCGUCCGCUGCAUGUAGGCCAAUCUCUUCUAAUUUGAGAUAAUUCAAGAAGGUGCGAAUCUAAAUUGGAUGUGUGAUAUAUGCCUUGUGAUGGCUACUUCUGAGUUUGAUAUUUAUUUUUUUCAGUUCUACGUGAUAUUUUGCUUUUGUUAACAAUUUGAGGGGGUUAUUAAUUAGCCUAUGAUGAAAUACAAUUAUUUAUUUGGUAGAAAAUCCUACAUGAUUAUUCUUAUAGUUACUAUUAGAAACUUAUUGCUGUUGACUAACACGUUUCUUGAGCUUAGCUUAGUUCUCACAGUGCCUUAACCUUACGUAAUGCUUUUAUAUAAACAUUCCAGUUUUCUCUACUUCUGAUAUAAAUGAAAUUUUACUGGAAA